CCCAGUUAAACCCUAAUAUAACACAAUUUGUAAAAUCUAUUUGUUUUAUUAAAAACUACAAUUUAAACCAUUAAAAAUGUCUUUGGUCUAUAUAACAUAUCACGAUGAAAACAUAUUCGAUGUGGACAAAGAGAAAGAUUACUUUACAACGCGUGAAAAACUUAAAUACACUUCAAAAUAUCGGCCUAUGGUUAAAGAGGAGAAACAAGCCAGACAUAUUGUAGAAUUGCCGGAUAGGAAAAAAUUGCUAACAAGUGCCGUUAAAAAUAAUCAUCAAACUAUGGGUUAUGCCCAAACUCCCGUAGAAUUACCGUGUAAUUUUCUAAAGAAAAAUAGUGGUGUUAAAUGGCAAAGAUUAAACGAACAUGUUUGUCCGCCUAAAAAAGAAAUACCACCAGUACCGCAUUUCUCCAGACCUCCGGGUAACAACAUAGUAAAGGAUAAUAAAAAAGAAUUGUUGAUUAAAAAAGAAAAGGAGGAUUUACUUUGCCCCCAUACAAGAUAUUUUAAAGGUCAUGAGCAUCGUGCUAAUUUUGUGGCUAUUAAUGUGGAUUUGAUUAAGAAUUUAAAGGCUAAAAAGCCACCACCACGUUAUGUUGAUACACCUAAAGGUGAUAGACACAAUCUCUUAAAUACCGGUCUGGUGCCACAAUAUAUCUGUUCGAAAAAUUUCGCCAAAGUGCCAUGUUAUCUAAAUGCUCGCAAAAAAUUCCUAAGUAAAUUAAAUGCUCAGUGUGAAAAUGCACGUUUGGAAGCGGAAAAUGCCUGCCUAAGAGCAGAUAGAUAUUCUGGAGUUAAAAAACUAACACACGAAGAACGUCAGGAGAUAUUAAAGGGUCUUAAGACAAACUUUGCCGAGUUAUUUAAAACCUAUCAGAGUUUAUCUUUGUAUACCGAUACUGUAGCGAAAAAGUUGCACAAGAGUAAAAUUGAAAAUGAUUUACGUCAGCUGGAGCAGGAUAUUUAUUUAAUGGAACAGAAUCCUGAAAUAUAUGUUUCAGAAUAUUAA